UCCAUUCCCGCCCCCCCUUUCUCUCCAUCUCUCGAUCUCUCUCUCUCCCUCUCUUCUCCCAUCCUGCUAGCGAGAAGCACCAUUGGAGGAGCGAUCUUCAUGGAUUCCCAGGUUCUUGUGGCGCUUGCCUUCUCUAUGGUCGGCGGGUUGAGUACAUCCAUAGGUGCACUCUUGGUGGUUCUUAAUCCCACUCCCAAUCUUAAAAUGCUUGGCCUAUUACAGGGUUUUGCUGCUGGCCUUAUGUUGAGCAUAUCUUUUUUAGACUUGGCACAUAAUGCCAUGAAUUCCAUUGGCUUCUUAAAGGGUAACCUAUGGUUCUUUGCAGGAGUUAUUCUGUUUGCCUUUAUUGUCAAUUUCAUCCCAGAGCCAACCCUUGUUCCAAAUGCUGACGAAAGAAAGAAACAAGAAGAUGAUGAUGGAUCAGGCAAAGACCUGAUGAAAAAACAUCGCCGUCAAGUCUUGUUUAGUGGGAUAAUAACUGCAGUUGGCAUUAGUUUGCACAACUUCCCUGAGGGAAUGGCAGUGUUUCUGGGUUCUAUGAAGGGCCUACGUGUUGGACUGAACUUAGCUUUGGCUAUUGCUUUACACAAUAUUCCAGAGGUUAGCCCUCAACUUAUAUGGAAUUAUUCAUACUAGCAAAAAUUAUGCAUCCCUGCAACAUGUCACUGGCAGUCUGGCAUACUUAAAUUACUAUCCUA